UUGGCUCCGCCCCCGCCGCCAUCUUGCGCCGCCGCCGCCGCCGCCGCUCCCGCCGCUCCCUCCCGGCCCGGCCCGGCCCGGCCCCACCGGAGCCCCCGCGGGGUCGGGCCCGGCCCCGCCAUGGCCGAGGAUUUCUGGGAGGCUCCGCGCCGCUGAGCCGGGCAGGGCCAUGGACCGGAUGAAGAAGAUCAAGCGGCAGCUGUCCAUGACGCUGCGGGGGGGCCGCGCCCCCGACAAGGGCCUGGGGGACCCCCGAGACGGCGCCGGCAGCGACAGCGAGCCGGGGGGGGACGAGGCCCGGAUGGGGUCGGACGGGGAGAGCGACCCCCCCUCGGGGACAUCCUCGGAGGAGGUGGCGUCACCCGUGAGGCUGCGGCAGCACCCGCGGCACGGAGCCUGCGAGGAUGUCACCAAGCGCCUGUCCCUGCCCGCUGACAUCCGCCUGCCUGAGGGGGGGAUUACUGGGGCCUGAACUGGGAGGGCACUGGGAGCACGGCCCCUGAGCCGCCGCCUGCGCCCCCCCUCCCCUCUCCACCAGUCGGAAAUCGGCUUCGGGAAGUUGGAGACCUACGUGAAACUGGACAAACUGGGAGAGGGUACCUACGCCACGGUGUACAAGGGCCGCAGCAAGCUGACCGAGAACCUGGUGGCGCUGAAGGAAAUCCGGCUGGAGCACGAGGAGGGGGCGCCCUGCACGGCCAUCCGCGAGGUGUCCCUGCUGCGGGAUCUCAAGCACGCCAACGUGGUGACGCUGCACGACAUCGUGCACACGCCGCAGUGCCUGACGCUGGUCUUCGAGUACCUGGACAGGGACCUGAAGCAGUACCUGGACGAUUGUGGGAACGUCAUCAGCAUGCACAACGUCAGGCUGUUCCUGUUCCAGCUCCUGCGGGGUCUCGCCUUCUGCCACCGCCACAAGGUUCUGCACCGCGACCUCAAACCCCAGAACCUCCUGCUCAGCCGCCGGGGGGACCUCAAACUGGCAGAUUUCGGCCUGGCCCGUGCCAAGUCCAUCCCCACCAAGACGUUCUCGAGCGAGGUGGUGACGCUGUGGUACCGCCCGCCCGACAUCCUGCUGGGCUCCACCGAGUACAGCACCCAGAUCGACAUGUGGGGGGUCGGCUGCAUCUUCUCAGAGAUGGUGACGGGGCGGCCGCUGUUUCCCGGGGCCACCGUGGAGGAGCAGCUGCACUUCAUCUUCCGCCUGCUCGGGACCCCGACGGAGGAGACGUGGCCGGGCAUCGGUGCCAACGCCGAGUUCCGGGCACACAAAUACCCCCUGUACCCCCCGGAGGGGCUGCGGCAGCACGCGCCACGGUUGGACCAGGACGGCGCCGACCUCCUGGGGCAGCUGCUGCAGUUUGAGGGGCGGCGGCGGCUGCCGGCGGCGGAGGCCAUGGGACACGCCUUCUUCAGCUGCCUGGGGCCGCGCGUCAGCGCCCUGCCCGACACCACAUCCAUCUUUGCGCUGAAGGAGAUCCAGCUGCAGAAGGAGCCGGGGCUGCGAACGGGGCCCCUGCCCCCCACAGGUUCUUCCGCCUUCCGGGUGCUCGACACUGAAUUCUGAUGUUGAGCAGCCCCCGGACUGCUGCUGCGCCCCCCAGGACCCCCCAGAUUCGGGGCUGGGGUCCCCCCAAAAAACCUCCAGGACUCUGGGGACACCCCAAAACUCUUCGUGGGGUGGUGGGGGGGGGUCCUUGGACUGCUGACCCCCCCCCCCAAAAAAAUCCCCCCCACCCCCCAAGGAACUGCUGCUUGAUUUUGGGGGGGGGGGGUUUCGCGUGGGACCCGCAUUGUGGGGGGGUCUGGGGGGGAAUUUGGGGUCCCCCCCCAUUUUUUGGGGUCCCCCCCCAUUUUCUGGGGUCCCCCCCCCAUUUUUUGGGGGGGUUCUUCCCCCCCCCAGCCCCAAUUUACGUCGAGUUUUAUUUUUUCAAGGCAAUAUUAUAAAUCAGAGUCUAUAUCGGCCCCUCCCCCCCGGGGCGGGGCCUGAGGGGGAGGGGCCUAAAAAGGGGUGGGGCCGUUUGGGCAGUGGGGGAGGGGAGCUUACUCAGAGGUUACUCCAGGGUUACUCGGGGCUGCGGUGGCUCCUGGGAGGUUCCCCUGCAAGGCUUGGCCUGGGUUACUCCAGGGUUACUCAGACUUUACUCCCAGGUUUGACUCAUUUCACUCCGUGGUUACUCCAGGGUUACUCAGACUUUGCUCCCAGGUUUGACUCACUUCACUCCGUGGUUACUCCAGGGUUACUCAGACUUUACUCCCAGCUUUGACUCACUUCACUCCAGGGUUACACAGACUUUGCUCCCAGGUUUGACUCACUUCACUCCAGGGUUACUCCAGGGUUACACAGACUUUACUCCAAGGCAGCUCAGGCCCAGCUCUGGGCCACCCCUGCCCUACUCCAGCCUUACUCCAGGGUUACUCAGCCUCCUCUCUCUGACGUUGUUCUCUGCUCCUGCUCUCGGUUACUCCUGAGUUACUCCAGAGUUACUCCAGGUUCUUACUCUGCUCUUACGCCGAGUUUGCUCCAGACUCGAUUCCUACUCAGACUUUACUCCAGGGUUUCUCACGGCCAGGGUGGGGCCUUUACUCAGCUCUUACUCCAGGCUGCUCCUGGAGAUCCUUACUCUGAGUUUACUCUGAGUUUACUCAGCCUUUGAGGGACUCUGGACUUGCAGGCAGAACUUACUCCAGACUUACUCAGCUCCUCACUCCGGCCUUGCUCAGCUCCCCCUUUUUGGGUUGUUUUGGGUCCUUUUUGCGCUACUCACACCUUACUCACACCUCACUCCGGGUGCUUGGAUCCUCUUUGCCUUUGCCUUGCGCUUACUCCGCCCUUACUCAGCGCUUCCGCGCUCGCUCAGCCCCUGCUCGGAGCUUACUCAGAGCUUACUCAGCCUUUGAACGGACGUUGCUCCGCCUUUACUCAGAGGUUGCUCGGCCUUUACUCAGAGGUUACUCAGCCCUCUUAACAGACGUGACUCAGCCUUCACUCAGAGGUUUCUCAGAAGUUGCCCAGUCUUUACUCGGAAGUUACUCAGCCCUUGGACAGACAUUACUCACCGUUCACUCCGGAAUUACUCACAGCCCACCCACAGGGGACACCUCUCCUCUCACUGGCUACUCCGAUGUUACGCCCACUUUACCCCGAGGUUACUCUGGGGUCACUCCUACACUACUCCAGGGUUACUCCGAGGGGGUGUUUUACUCCAGGGUUACUCUCACUUUACCCCGAGGUUACUCUGGGUCACUCCUACACUACUCCAGGGUUACUCCGAGGGGGUGUUUUACUCCGGGGUUACUCUCACUUUACCCCGAGGUUACUCUGGGGUUCCUCUCACCUUACUCUGGUUUUACUCCGAGGUUCCUCCCCCAGCCUCACUCAGGACCGCCCCCUCCCCUCCCCAAUGGGGGCGGGGCUUUGCUCGGCAGGGGGCGGGGUCUCUGUGGCCCCGCCCUCACCCUGGGAAGGUGGGGGAGGGGCGGGGCGAGCCCCGGACCGCGAUCGGGGAAGGGGGGGGAGGGGCACGGAGCCUGUUGGGGGGAGGGGCCGGGUAAGCCCCACCCCCCUUCAUGACGUCACGGGGAAAGGGGCGGGGCCGCGGCGUUUCGGCUGUAACGGGACCGAACCAUUAAAACCUCCCCGGGAGCGGC